AUGAUUGAAGAGAAAGAAGAUAUGGCCAUGGUAUCACUAACCCGUGGAGACCCAUUUCAUAGAAAGGCUUACUUUCUCAAACCCUCUGUCCCUGAUUCUUCCAUUGAUUAUCAGCUUGAGUUUAAGCUCCCUCAGUGUUUUUCCUCCCUCCCUUCCCCUUUCAACCCAAAAGAGCUGCCAUUGGAGCUUCAGUUCCGAGCAUGGCGUCUUGAACACAAGGAUUUGCAAACUUGGGUAGACCACUUGGCUCCUCUUCACCAGUCGACAUGGAAGAAAGCUGGUAUCUAUGAAGCAAUAUACAACUCCACGUAUCGUAUCAGAAAGCAGACCGAUUUGGUUUUUGCUCUUGCAGAGAAAUGGUGCACUGAAACAAACACGUUCAUAUUCCCAUGGGGUGAAGCCACCAUCACAUUAGAGGAUGUCAUGAUCUUGGGAGGCUUUUCGGUCUCCGGUGACUCGAUUUUCAGUCCUCUUGAAGACAUGGAAGAGAAACAGAUGCAAUGUGAACUUGAAGAAGAGCGAAAGGGACUUUACGAUUACUCUGCUGGGAAAAAGACUGCUGACACAUUUGUAUGGCUCAAGAGAUUCAUGAACAGUGGGAAAGAGCUAGAGCAUGUAGCAUUUCUAGUCUUUUGGUUGUCCAGGUACGUUUUUCACAAUGCUCGGAAUAUAGUAAACAAGGCUGUUUUCUCAAUCGCAAUUCGUUUAGCUACGGGGAAUCGAAUUGCGCUAGCUCCGGCUGUUCGUGCUAGCAUAUAUAGAGAUUUGAGUUUACUCAAGAAGAAUGUUGUGGCUUCAACUGGAUGAAAGACCAGGGAUGAUACUUUGAAACUCAUGCGUAAGUCACCCUUUUAUAUAGUUCAGGUUUGG